UUUGUCACACACCCCCCCCCCCAUCUCCCUUCCCGCAGCUUCCUGCAGAGCCUGGGCGCCGUCUUCUCCUUCAUCUCCAAGGACGCGGUGGCCAAGGUGGCGCUGCUGGAGGGGCACUGCCAGCGGCAGCGUUUCGUGUCCCUGCAGGCCAUGGUGCAGCAGGAGCUGGCGGCGGGGCUGGCGGCGCUGCGGGCGCGGCCCGACUCCGGCUGCCGCACGCUGCUGCGGCUGCACCGCGCCCUGCGCUGGCUGCAGCUCUUCCUGGAGGGACUGCGCUCCGGCGACUCCCGCACCUCCGUGCUCUGCACCGACGCCUACAACGCCUCGCUGGCCGAGCACCAUCCCUGGUUCAUCCGCAAAGCCGCCACCGUGGCGUUCUGCGCGUUGCCCUCCCGCGAUGCCUUCCUGGAGAUCAUGAACGUGGGCCCGCCCGAGGAGGCCGUGGCCAUGCUGGGAGAGGCCAUCCCCUACAUCGGAGACGUUUACAGCAUCACCCAGGAGCUCUUCGCGCAGCAUAAGCUGCUCGACCUGCCCUGAGGGCGCUUCCGGGAUGAGCCCACGGUGAAAAUCACAUUUUUGCAGAAGCACAACCCCUCUGAUUCUCUGUCCGUGGUUAUUUUCACCUUUUCUUUCCUGCCUGCAGCCGAGGAAUUGGCCAAACUGGUCAGGAUGCUUCACUUUAUAAAUGUGGAAUGGUUCUUUUUUUACAUCUGUCAGUUUGUGCGUAGAGCUCUUCAGUUAGGGGGAAAAAUCCACAUCAGGUUGAGCUGCUAAGGGAUUUGGUUUUUUUUUGGUUCCCAGAAAAGGUUUUUCUUUUCAAGCCAACCUUGAGCAGCUUCUGUGUGUUUUCAGCAAUAGUGGCCUCGUGUGCCAGCACACAUUUGAACUGUGGUGUCUGAACCCCAUGGGAGCUCACCUGGCCAUCGUGGUUUAUACAAAAAACCCACCUAGGGGCUUCACCUGGAGAAUUUAAUCCUGAGUAAUGCACUGGGGAAAGGAAGGUCCUUUCCCUGUCACAGCCACCUCAUGGUGGGGCCCAAGGAGCUGAAGGAAGUGGGGCUGGAUGUUCCUGGUGCGGGGAUCCAUCCAGCAGCACCUUCCCUAUGUCACAUCCCUGCUCGUUGAAUCCAAGCUUUUUGCACUUGGGAUGUGCAGCAGAUUUUAUUUUGUGCUGCACAAUCCCCUUUGUCCAGCCCAACCUGGAGCUGUUUGCCUCUGAGUUGUAUUCUUGUGUGUUUUAUUUCUUUUGUGAAUGUGUCAAAUGCCUACAAAAAGGAUUUUUCUGCCUCUCUGGGGGGAAAUCCACACUUGUACUGUAAAUCACUGCUUUGUGAGGCUUCUGCCUUCUACUGAAAACCACUGGAAGAGCCAAAGUACAUUAGAUGGGAUUUACUGAGCUUUUGGGAAGCUGGAAAAGCUCUACAGGGUUAGUCCAGGAUGGCAGGGACACGUGGGGGAAUCCUACAGGCUGACAGGUUGAUUGUCUCUUUUUGGCCUAAUACAACACUGAAAAAUUCAGGAAAUCACUAUUACCUCAUGGAGACUGGACUAACUGGACAUUAAAUUAUGUGAAUAACAUGUUUUUGAGGAGUGUCCUUUGUGGGAUCACACUCUGGGGGUGUGGUGGUGGAAGGGACACGAUUUACAGUGUGACCUACUCAGAUUUUCUUUUCCCAGAAAAAUCUGUUUCAUUUCCAGCUGCUAUUUCAUCUGUGCAAUGAAUUAAAUGCCUUAAACUAAA